AUGGCGGCGGCGGCGGCGACCAGGGUGAUCGGAUCGAAGCCAUCGGACUGCUUCCAGUUCCAGGACCCUAACACCUGGACUUGCAUCACGGAGCUUGCAAGCGAUGUGGUUGUCCAAGUAGGAGAGAUGUCCUUCCACCUCCACAAGAUGCCGUUGAUCAGCCGUAGCGGUACGCUGAAGAAGCUUGUGAACGAGUCCACCGGCGACGACGACGGCGGCGAUGACAGCAAACCGUGCACCGUGCGUCUGGAUGACGUCCCCGGCGGGGCGGAGGCGUUCCUGCUGGCGGCCAGGUUCUGCUACGACGUCCAGACAGAGCUGAAGGCGGGCAACGUCGUGCUGCUGCGGUGCGCGGCGGAGCACCUCGCCAUGACCGAGGACUACGGCGAAGGGAACCUGGUGGAGCAGGCGGAGUCGUUCCUGUCCGAGGUGCUGGCCGGCUGGGACGACACGGUGCGCGCGCUGGACGCGUGCGACGACGACGCCGUGCUCCCUGCCGCCGAGGACCUGCUCAUCUUGCCGCGGUGCAUCGACUCGCUGGCGGACAAGGCCUGCGCCGACCCGACGCUCUCCGGGUGGCCGAUGCUGGAGUACUUCACAGCGAAGAGCCUCGAGGAGACGGCGAUCUGGAACGGCAUCGGCGCCGCCGGGAGGCCGCGGUCGCCGGGCGCGGACUGGUGGUACGAGCAGGCGUCCUCGUUCGGGCUGCCCGUAUACAAGCGGCUCAUCGCGGCGGUGCUGUCCAGGGGCAUGAGCCCCGAGAACGUCGCCGGCUCGCUGAUGCACUACGCCAGGUGCCACCUCUCCGGGCUCAGGUGGCGAGGAGACAACAGCGACGGCAGCAGCCGCGGCAGAGCCGGAGCGUCGGGGACCGCGGCCGUGCUCUCGGCCGGCGACCAGAGGACACUCCUGGAGGAGAUUGUCGCGCUGCUCCCUGUCCAGAAGAGCGUCACCCCGACGCGGUUCCUGCUUGGUCUGCUCCGCGUCGCGACGGUCCUGCACGCCGCCGCGGCGUGCCGGGACGCGCUGGAGAGGAGGGCCGGCAACCAGCUGGAGGAGGCCGCGCUGGGGGACCUGCUGAUACCGAACACCGGGUACUCCGCGGAGACCCUCUACGACGUGGACAGCUUUCAGCGGAUGUUGGAGCAGUUCAUGGUGACGACCCCGCCUGCGUUCGCCGCGUCGCCGGAGACCACGGACGAGGGACAGCUGGUCGACGCUCCGCCGGCCGAGCUCAUGCCAGUCAGCUCGGUGGCCAAGCUAGUCGACGGGUACCUCGCCGAGGUCGGGACGGACGCCAACCUCAAGCCCUCCAAGUUCCAGACCAUCGCCGCGCUCGUCCCAGCCUACGCCCGGGCAAUCGAUGACGGCCUCUACCGUGCCAUUGAUAUCUACCUCAAGGCACACCCGUGGCUGACGGACUCGGAGCGGGAGCAGCUGUGCCGGCUGAUGAACUGCCAGAAGCUGUCGCUGGAGGCGUGCACGCACGCGGCGCAGAACGAGCGGCUGCCACUGCGGGUGGUGGUGCAGGUGCUCUUCUUCGAGCAGCUGCGGCUGCGCACCACGGUGGCCGGGUGGUUCUUCGUGUCGGAUAACGCCGACCAGGGCUCCAGCUCCGACAACUGCGUGCUGCCGCGGAGGCCCGACGACGAUCUGGACUUCGCGGCCGGGUCCGAGGUGACGACGGAAGAGGACGGCUUCGCGACGGACGAGGACGGCUUCGCGGCGGCCAGGCACGACGAUCCGUCGUCGCCUGCGAUGAGCGUGGCGGAGAUCCACCGCCCGGGGAAGGGGAAGCCUAAGAGCGCCCUGAGCCGGCUGUUAGGGAAGCUCGGGCUCUGCGGGAGGUCGUCGUCGUCGCGGCAGCAGCAGCAGCCGCCGCCUCUGCCGGGCGCCAGCGGCAAGAGGCGCAAGUCCUUCCAUUUCGGGUGUUAA